UUCUAACUAUUUCUUAUAAAUUUUUGAAGUUCCGCGGUGUUUCGGCAUGUUCCGGUGUUCCGGCACGUUCUGGAAUGUUCUGGUGUUCAGGCACGUUCCGGUUUUUCGAUGUUCCAGUGUUCCAGUGUUCCAGUGUUCCUGUAUUUUUUUAUUUUAGCGGAUGAUCUGUAAAACAAUCCCGACUAUCCCUUGCAAAUUGAGAUCACCUGUCAAAACAUCUCCCUUCUCGAGAAUGGCGCGUGAGAUUUUCUCGAAAAAGUAAUGUAAAAAAUUUGGUAUUGUUCUUUUGGUGGACGGCAUCGCGGGCAAAAAGAAAUACUUCCUUCAUUCGGGUGUCCUUCGUUCCCUCUAUUAACUCUGGUUUGAACAAACGCGUUGUCAUUGCAAUUUUGAAACAGGCUUUCAGUCUGGGAAUACCAGUACAUGCCACAGGAGUAAAAACAAGGACUGCUGAUUAAAUGCAACCAUGGAAGUGGAAGAAAAAAACACAAAAACAGAGGCAAGUGGAGGCCCCCAUUUGCUUGUUGGUUAUGACAAGCUGUUGUACAUGUCUAAGUUACAAGGUAUCCAUAGCGAGGAUGAGUGUGAAAAUCAAGACAUUCAUACCAAAGGUACUCAUCUUCAAACAGAACACUUAAUAACAAUGAAGAGAGAAGUCAUUGAAAUAUUAAGUUCUUGUGAGGGAAACUGCUUGAAGCUCUCCCAGUUUAAAAGCAGGUAUAACAGGCAUUUUGGAAGAAAAUUCAAUGAAUUUUAUAUGCUGUCAGGUAAAGUUGAGGAAUUCACCAAUCUCAUGGCUCAGUUAGAUAUCAUUGAAUUUGACCAAAAAGGUUCAAGACCUGUCAUGAAACUUAAAGAACCAAAUGCAAGCCAGUUCAUGUUGAGUAUGGGUUUGAAUGUGGCUGGAUCAGAGCAUAGUCGUGCUACUGAUGUGGGAAGAAGAGAGACUUUGAGACCAAGGUUUGUGAAAAAAAGAGAGAGAAUGGGGUCAAGGUUCCAGUGCCAAAACACCAGUGCUGAUGCCAUUGAUCAGUUAACAAGACUGAAGAAAGAUAUCGUGGAUAUGUUGAGGUCCUGUGAGGGAAACUGCUUGUAUCUCUCCCAGCUUCAGGAACAGUAUGGGAAAACAUUUAGACAAGGGUUUUUUAGUUCCCACAGAGAGCUGUUGAGGGGAAAAAGUCUCGCACAAUUUCUGCAAGAGUUAGACAUCGUUGAACUAGAAGAAGGUGAAAAAGGUGCCAAGCGUUAUUUGAUGAAGCUGAAAGAGCCACAUGCGAGUCAGUUUAUGCUUAACAUGGGUUUUGACAAUGCAGAAAAACCUAAUUCAUUUGCGAAAAAAAAUCCUGAAGGUGCAGAGAAUCAAGAAGGGCCAAAGUCCCAGAAUACUGAAAUUGAUUCUGGUCAUUUCUCAGAGAAGUUGACAACAUUAAAGAAAGAUAUUGUACAUUUGCUUAAAUCUUGCAAGGGAAAUUGCUUGUAUCUCUCAGAACUUCAUGAUAAGUAUUGGCAAACAUUUAGAAGAGGAUUCCAUCGUACCUUCAAAGUACUGUUUAAAGGAAAAGCUCUUUCGCAAUUCUUAUCAGAAUUAGAUGACAUUGAAUUAGAACAUACUGGUGAAAAAGGUGAGAAGAAAUUUCUAAUGAAGCUGAAAGAACCCCAUGCAAGCUUGCCCAUGCAGAGAAUGAGUUUGGAUGCAGCAGAAGAGCUUGAUUCCAGUUCUACCUUUGAGUAUCAGCAGGAUGAAUUUGAUUUCAAAGUACCAACCAAAUCACACACACCAGCCACUCUAGCAGGGAAUUUGGCAGUUGCUGCAAGCCCAAGUAUUGACAGAGUCUUUGCUGUUCCACUAGCUCCUUUGGAUAAAAAUGUUUUGGAUCCAGUAGUUCAAUCUCCAGCUCCUACAAGUACCUUCCAGGCUUCUCCUCCCUUGGUGUUGUCACCCUCUUUAAUGCAAGAUCCUAGUCCUGUAACCAAUACACAUGAAGAAUUAGACAUCGUUGACUUGGAAGAAACAGGCGAAGAAGAUGCCAAGAAAUACCUUAUGAAGGUUAAAGAACCUCAUACAAGUCAGGUCAAUUUGAGCACAGGUUUGAACGUGGGUGGAGAGCUUACUUACAAUGCUGAGGAGAGAUGUCAGCCAAAAGAACCAGAUUCCUAUGUAUUACCUGAAUCCCACAGGCCACUCACUGAAGGAAAGAAGGCAGCAGUUGUUUCAAGUCCAGAUUUUGGUUGUUCCCAUUUUGUAGCACCUGCUUCAGAUCUGUUAGAUGAAAUCACAGUGGAUGUGAGAGAAAAAUCACUGUCACCACUAGGUCCUACAACUACUGCCUUGGCUACUUCACCUUUGCAUAUGUUACCACCUUCCUCAUCAAGUGUUAGUGUGGCUACAAAUAUAGGGUUUGAUCCAACAACAACAGCCAAUAAAACUCCUGCAAAGGCUGUACUUUCCAACAUUGAGAUAAUGGAACAGGAAGUACAAGGCAAACAACCACUCCCUACUGGAGGUCCUCCUCAAGGGAUACCAGUCUUUCACCCUCCGUUGGAUCAAAAGUGUCCACAAAUCCAAGGCAUUUGUCUAGAUGCUGAUGAGGACUUAACAAAACUGAAACGAGAUAUUAUCGAAAUUUUGCGUUCUUGUGAGGGAAAUUGCUUGUAUCUCGACAAAUUUAAGACGACAUACCGGAAUCGGUUUGGGAAGACAUUCGAUAAGUGCUAUCCAUGGGCAAAACACAAAAAAGUCCUUCGGGCUCUAAUGCCAGGGUUAGACAUCAUUGACCUUGAACAAUUGAAAUUGGCUACCAAAGGUCGAACAAAGUGGAUAAUGAAGCUGAAAGAACCACAUGCAAGCCAGUUCGUGAUGAGAAUGAGUCUAAGAACCACAGAAGAGCUUAGUCCUCGCGGUUAUGAAGCUGGCCAUCAACUGGAAGAAUUUGAUUCCAAAGUUCCAACAGAGUCAUAUGAAUCACUCACUGGGGGAAAAAACUCAGCCGCUGUCUUAAGUCCAGAUGCUGGACGUGUGCUACUUGUCCCAUCUCCAUCGCAACUCAGCGAUAGGUCAUCAUCAUCGCCGCAACUAAAUACCGAAGCAUGCAGCAUAGACGGAAAGGUAGAGCCACCAUCUCCUCUUCCUGGAGUGAACCAGGCUGGCCAACGAGAUCUUCCAUCUGAUUUUCACUAUGAUCCUUUGGCUGGCCUAAAGAAAGAGAUUGUCGAAAUUCUAAGUUCUUGUGAAGGCCAUUGGCUUAACAUUGCUCAAUUUGGUCGCAAGUACAAGGAAAGAUUUGGAAGGAGAUUUAAGGGGCCACACGGAAAAAAGCUGAAGGCUUUGAUGUAUCAGCUAGAUGAUAUUAUUCUUGUGGAGGAACCGUCAUAUGGACUUUUUAUUAUGAAACUUAAAGUAACAAGUUUACACAACCAGGCUUCAAGUAUAGAUUUGGGUCAAACACGACCGCUAGAUUCUCAUGGUGACACCAGAUUGCAACAGAACGAGUUAUUAUCACUGCAGUUGUCGGAGUCGCCAACUGAAGGAGAGAAAUCAGCUGUUGCUGCCGGUGUUACUAAUGCGAUGACUCUCCCUCCCACCUCGGCAGGCAAAGAACUCGAAGUGAAAUUGCCAACAGACGUAGAGGUUAAAUCGGUUCUGCUUCCUUCUGAAAAAGCGCGAAUUCGAGAAGUUGGUACACCGGGUCCUUUUGAGAACUCAAUUUGCAAUGCCCAUAAUGUGAUGAAUACCAUAACGAGCAGCGAAAAAUCAGCCGUAGGGACUGUUUCUUCACAUAAAGUUAACAAGGGCGCGGAAGAAAUAAUCACCUCUUUGUCGGAAGAAGAUCGCUUUGUUGGCCUUGAAGAAGUAAAAGCCAGGCUCUGUAGAGAUUUUGAAAAGUCAAGUCUUUCUGAUUUGGGGUUCAAAUCAGACAAGGACAUCCCCGCUCUAAAGAACUUGAUCGAAAUGCAGGCAAAAGUCAACUUAUUCGUCCAUGCUUACGUCACGUUUAACAGUAUAACAACCUUGUACGAAUUAAACCAAAGCCUUGCUGACUUGGGAUCCAAAUCAGACUUCGAACAACUCCGAUUAGGCCCUCUACUGAAACAACCCGUGGUGUAUCACAUGUUUAAAGCUCCCCAGAAUCUUACUGCUAUACCUCAAGUGACGACAGUUCAGAUUAUAAAGUACUUGAACAAGUACAUGUCAAAGACGACAGGACCGCUGCAUUUAGAGAAAUUCCUGGAGUAUCUUUGUGAGCAGUACAAGUGUAACACUCCUUACGAGCUUGGGGUCAGGAUACAAAGUCUUGGACUGGCUGUUGCGGUGAUUAAAAAGGCGAAACAGCUCAAGACUAAGAGGUUGGGAGUUAUAAGAGAAGAAAUUUCAAUCGAGAUGGAGGAAGAAAUACAGAGACACUUGCGUAAAAUCAAGAAAGAUCUUCUCGGGCAAGAACUUGGUGAUUUAAGGAGUUGUGUAAUGAAAUUUCUUGACAAAUCUCCGACAGAUAUACUGAAGGCGGUAUUCGAGUGUUGCUUGGAAAUGUUUGACGAAAAUCGUCAGGGAAAGGUGAUGACCUUUCUGACUAUGCUUACCAAGCAUGCACUUGGGAGGCGAUUAUUUCAGCUGGCACUGUGUGUUAGUUGUAAGCCUUUACUGGGAGAGGCUGUGGAAGCACUGGUUAACAAUAGAAUUAACACGGAAGUUGCCAGUCGUAAAGCAAAUCACGAGGAAACAAGGAUAAGACCUGUCCCACCCAGUGAAGGUGCUGUUCUCCGUGAAGUCAAGGAGUGGAUAAAGUGUGCCGAACACGCUGACCCAACGACGCUGGCAAGAAUUGAGGCGAAUGUCGUGAACAAAUUCCCAGGAUUUACCGGUUUUGAAGAAUUUGGUUAUGGCUCUUUUCUGAAGUUUUUAACAAAACACAAGGAACUAAUGGAAGCCACAGAAGAGGUUGGCGGGAUGCCCCAGUCUGGAAGAAAAGGAGCCAGGCUUGGUUAUCAAGUGUCGCUUAAUAGUGUCUUGGAUUUUAUAUCUCAGUGUGGGACUCAAACCUCUAUAGAAUCUAUUGAACGUGAAUUGUGCAGUUACUACGAUGUUAACAAAGUGACGGAUCUUGGAUUUGGAUCUUGUUCGUGCUUACUGGAAAAAGCUGUGGAGCGAAGAGUGAAAACUAUUACGACAGUUUACGAAGCCGCUCUCCUGCGUCACGGCUGCGGCGCGUUCGAUGAAGAUAGCACCAGGUUUAAUAGUGGCUGUGCUCUAGGUUAUAAGAGUAAACAGGAAGCUUUGGAGGCCAUACAAAGCACUCCGCUCCUCGACGAUGUUUCUCUCUGGACUCACUGGGAUGAUGUAUUUGGCGGCGAAGUCUCUGAACUUGGCGACUUGAAGUCAUUUUUGGAGAAUGAAGGAAUUUUGUGGGGCGCUGGAAAGUCAUUAUCAGAGGGCCACAGUUCCGUAGUCGUUAUGGAAACUAAUCCUGGUGUACUCCUAAGAGUAACCACCCACACGUCCGCGGAAACAUUCAGGGAAUGUGUAUUUCGUGGAGAUGUGAUUGGAGCGGCUGGUCAUUUGGUUUCCAUAGUGAUAGUGAAUGGUGGUGUGGCUAACACUCCUGUCGCUCUUUUAGCCAAUUACGUACAUUUUUCUUUAGCCUCGAUGGGUGCUGACGAUGAGGGGGACUGUGAUCAACGUCCUACCUUUGUUCUUGAAUGUCUGAAUCGUAUGCCUCUCAGAUUGGCACGGGUAAUUGGGACGAAGGUUUUCCUUGAGCCUUUUAAAAAGUUGGUUGGCUCAGCAAGAGCGGCGUCAGUGCUGCUUUCAAGCUGUUCUACUCAGUCGCAACGUAACCGUCUUCACAAGCUGGGAAUUGCCUGUGGCAUAAGUCAGUGGAUAGAGGACUUCCAGAAUAGAGUUUCGCCCGACAAAGGGAACAUUGAGGGUUUCCUCUCUAGUGAGCACUGCAAUGACGAAAGCAGGGGAACGAUUGCCGCUGUUACGCCCGUGGCAUCUUCUAACUCAAUGGUGUCGCAACAAGCAGAGACCUCUGCUGAACUUGAACCAAUCUUCUCACGAGCACGCAGUUUUGAUGAAAAGGAUGGGAACGAAGCAGCAAUUUCAGACACCAAGGAUGGAUUGUCAAUAUCACCUUCUACACCUUGUGCACGUAUCAGGGAAUGCAGAGCGAUAAUUGAACAAAUUCGCCGCGAGGAUUUUGGAAUCGGUCUGGAACUCGGAAAAGAAGAGGCCAAACUUGUCCAGCGACAACGCGAGAGAGAAGGUCGUGGCUUACACCGUCUUUCCUCAGAACUUUAUGCUAGGGACACCCACUUUGUGUUGGAGCUCGUUCAGAAUGCAGACGAUAAUUCCUAUCCUGAAGUGUGCUGUGGACCAGGAUUCCCGUCCAUUGUAUUUGUCCUCGAGCGCGAUAAGAUAGUGGUACUGAACAACGAGGUUGGGUUUAUCGAGAAAAAUAUUCGCGCGUUAUGUGAUGUGGGCAGAAGUACCAAAGGGGCGCAUCGCUAUGGAUAUAUCGGAAAAAAAGGCAUCGGGUUCAAGUCGGUAUUCCGGGUUAGUGAUAGCCCCGAAAUCCACUCUAAUGGAUAUCAUAUUCGCUUUGACGCCAAAAGCGGUCCUACUGGUUAUAUCGUCCCUGAAUGGAUUGGGGACAGUUGUUCAGAGGAACCAAAUGAUGUACAUGUCAAAGAAGGAAUGAAAGUCAUGGAAAAGAUGGGUAAAGAUGGUGAAGAGAGCAACAUUGGUGGAAACAUGAACAGCUGGCCAACCUGUAUCGUUCUGCCAUUAAAAGAUGAACAUAAAGGGAACGAGAAGUCUUCACUCACUGCCGGAUUACACGAUGUUCACCCAUCUUUACUGCUGUUCUUGCAUCGUUUGAAGGGAAUCUUUAUAUACGACGAGGUAAACAAGAGUCUCCUCAAAAUGAUAAGACGAGACUUAGGAGAUAAUGUCAUGGAGGUUCUCCACAACAAAGGCACGGAGCGUUGGCUUGUUGUCAAGAAACAGCUUGAGGCUACUAAAAGGAAAGUAGACGUAGGGAUAACUGAGUUGGCGCUAGCUUUUCCUUUGAUUGGUGACCCAGGCAGUACAUCAAGACAUCGGGCAUUACCACCACAGAAUGUGUUUGCGUAUCUCCCACUCAGAAACUAUGGUUUUCGAUUCAUCAUUCAAGGUGACUUUGAGGUUCCGUCGUCCAGAGAAGAUGUAGACAGUGAUAAAUCCUGGAAUCAGUGGCUGAGAGAGGAAAUUCCCCAACUUUUUAUUGACGCUAUGUCAGUAUUUAUGGAACAUUCUUCUUUUUGUGGCCUUUCGUCGUUGGUUACGUAUUUUCAAUUUGUACCUCUUGAGGAAGAAAUUCUCGACUUCUUUACACCGGUUGCUCGCCUUAUUUUAACACUCCUUCAAGGGAAAUCUUGUAUCCCAGUUAAGAGCUCCUGCAGUGAAACUGAGCAGCCGAACGGAGGUCACAGUGGAAAGAGCUUCGAUUUAGUUCUCCCUUCUCAGGCCAUUGUUUGCGAAGACAGCGUCAUACAAGAGCUUAUACCCUCUACUCUUCUGGAGGAGCACUUAGGAUUGCGUUACCUUCACCCGGAAAUGGUUCCAGCGCUAAACCCGACUUUGAGAUCUCGUCUUGGAAUUGAGACUUUGUCCAGCAGGCACUUGAUAGAUAUUGCAAAAGCGGAAGUAAAGAAAACUUCAAAAGGUGCAUCGCAUGGCAAUGACCGCAAACCGGAUACUGUGAGGAUAGCUUGGGUGGCUGGCUGGUUCCGGUGCAUGUAUCGAUCUCUCGAGCAAGAAAGAAAUACCAGUCAAGAAAUGCUAGAUCUUAUUGGUUCUCUUGACAUGAUCCCCCUAAUGGAUGGAUCUUUCGUGAACGUGAAGGAAGAUUCCAUUUUCCUUCCGCUGUUGAGGAAAAAGACAUCCGAGCGAGCUGUGCCAGAGAAAAACAAAGGUUUUAUGCAUCAGGAGAAAACUUUCUUAUCUGUGCUUGCGAAAGACGUGACCACGGUACACCCAUCGCUGUUAUCCUCACUAGAUGAUAUCGGUCGUUCUCAAGUCGAAGAGCUUCUAAGGCGUCUAGGAGUGAAGAUGUGGACUCCCAAAGAAGUUGUCAACAAUCACAUUAUCCCUGUGUUCAAGUCAAAGAAGUGGAAGUGCAAGUCUACUGAAGUAUUAAGAAGCUACCUGGCGUACAUUUUGGAAGAGCGCCUGGACGACCCUUCUGUGUGUGAUAUGGAUGAAUUGAGAUCCUGCGUACGGAUUUUAACGAACAAGGGUACUCUGAACCCUAAAUCAACGCCGAUUCAUUUAACCCCGAAAUAUGGGAGCACAAUUGACCUCGCUCGGCAGUUACCCAGUAUCUCGUGGACAAUCAUUGACGAAUCUUACUUGGACUAUUGUAUUACAUCGAGGGUUCGCACCAGGGAUUGGAAAGCUUUUGUUGACGACCUUGGCUUAAAACAGUUUCUUGCCAUUGAAAAGAAGCAAGUAAAACUACAUAGAAAACACAUGGCUCGCUCUCCAUGGGAGUCGUAUGAGCAAAUUUGGCAGAUAACUCCAGAUGAUCUUUUCAUCAUUGACGACUGGUCGUGUGAAGAAUUUGAGGAAUUUCUCAGUAAGACUACCUCCCCCGACGCCAAACAACUGGUCAGCAGCGACGAGUCAACAUUCUUGGCUCAGUGUAUUGAUGAACGUUGGGAUCACACGUACGCACAGUUUGCUGAGGGCUCUGUACAAGUCAAAGAUAUAAAUGGCCAUGUACUAGGAGAGACUAAAUCUUCAUUUUACCUCAAUCUCGUCUCGAAACCAUGGGUGCCCUCAAAUGUCGGAGGAACGAACCUGUAUCUUCCAAGAGACCUCUUCGCAAAGACUGACGCUCUAUAUCACCUGCUUGAGGAUCACGUGAAUUACGUUGCCGCAGAUUUAAAGAGCCCCUCGUUGGUGAGCGCUUUAGGCAUCCGACAAUCUAUUGGCGUAGAUGGGAUGAUUAGUGAGAUGAGGAAGUGGUCAGAUGGUUGCGACAAACAGACGGAUGGAAAUCGUCGAAAAUACUUCACAACUUCUUUUGCGCAUAUAAUCAGAGUUUAUUCUUUCCUCUUUGAGAAAAUGUCACAAAGUGAUGAAGAAAGGAAGAAAAUAUUUGACGCUUUUCUGAAGAACGCGCUUAUAUUCGUUCCUCGUCACGAUCGCCAUCUGAAGUUUCCUCUAAGCCGGCCAGAAUGCAAAGUAGCGGGAUCAUUUCUUUUUAAGAAAGAAGUGUGCUGGGAAGACCCGACAGAUGUAUCCCUGAAACUGUUUAAGGAGUAUGGCAAGGUUCCCACAAGACGCAUACUGAAGAGUUUCUAUGCAUGUAGUGGUCCCAAAAGUCAUCAGAGUCUUGAAAGUUUUUUCUUGGAUCAAAUACACGUGGACGUGACGCCCAAUGUGGACGAAUACAUCGAAAUGGCGACGACUGUCGCUGACGUUGCUGGUUUUCCAACUCCUUCGUCUUUGAGCGAUAUGUUAAAGAUCUUCCGAACUUUAGGAAGUAAGUGUGUUUCGCUAAGCCUUAACAGCAGCAUGCAAGAUGAAGAGGAGAUCCAUGGAAAUAUAGCCACUUUUGUGAAAAAAUCUCUGCAAGGAGAACGGAAAUGCAUCUUCCCUACAUCUGACAAAUGGGUGGCACUUUCGGAUCAGCCACUGAUAGCUGACGAUCAGACUAUGCUGAAGAUUUUUCACAAAGAAAAAUCUAUCCACUUUCUGGACCUGGGAGACUCCUUUCAACCUCAAAAGCGUGGCUCGUCUACUAGUGCACUUAAACCUCAAUUCAACAGAAACACGAUGGAGCACUUUGUUUCGUUGUUCUUGAAGAUCUGUGAAGUAAAAGCGUUAAGUGGAUGCGUAAAGAAAGAGUUGGUUCCCAUUGGUUCAGUGAAGUACCAGUGCACUUCCGUGCAGAAGUACUUUCAUCAAAACAUUCCAUACAUGCAACGUUUCCUACGCUCAAAAUACCCAUCGGCGUAUAAUAAACUGAAAAAUGAAGGCUUCGCAGAGAAACUGCUACACAUGCAGUUCGCCUCCGUUCAAAGCGUGGAAACUGUGUACUCGUUAACCACGCAUUCCAACAUUACUAGACCCCUUAAAGUAACAUCUGGCUUACAGGAAUCAGGAAUCACGUACUGUUUUUUUGUUGUGCAAGAACAUCAAGACAGUGCAGAUGUUUUAAAUGCUGAGAUGGCGAAACUGUUAUUAGGAGGAAAGAAGGAAGGCUCCUCAGAGUUAAUCAACUUUCUAGUUGCAGUGAAAACUCACAGCGGGGACAAUUUCGAAGGGUUUUUGGAGGACGUGCAAGGGUUGGAACCAUUACCGGAAGGAGAAGAACGGUGGAGUGUUCCACUUCCGGAGGAACCCGAAAAGGAUGAAAGUGAAAGAAGUACUACAUACGAAGAUGUUCCUUUCCAUGAGAAAACCCAAGCCCAAUCUAGGUCAGGUAACAAUGGUCUUCGUUCCUGGCCACCAAGAUCUUUUCGUAAUUAUGGUAAGGAGUGUAAACGUAAAGGAGAAUCCGGAAGUGACCCCAGGCUCAAGAUUUGGCCAGUGCCAGCACCUCCUGAAUCUGUAGAUAAACCUCCAAAAGCAGCACGAGUGCCAAGAAAGUCCGAGGAAAGAGAUGAAAGGAAGUCAAAGCAGGAACGACUUGCCACGGUUACUCCCAUCCCACAACACACUUCAAAGGAUUACCACCAGCCAGCUGAGACAAUGGUUGAGGGAGCAAAGGUGAAUGAAUCACAGCUGAGUGCUAUUGAGGCAGUAAACGAUUUAUUUCCCAGUGACAAGAGCCUUAUCCACAACGUGGAGCAUAUCGAACCCCCUCCGCUACAAAUGCCCAUGCCUGGAAAAAAGUCUGCAGUCACCAUCCCUGGAGAUGUAACCAGGCACACUUCUAGGGGCGUGCGUUUCUGGUUUGAUAGAGGGCCGUCUGACUUCGACGACGAAGAUCUGCCCAUUAAUGACAAAAUGAAAAGCCUACACGGAAUUCCGUUGAUGAAGAACCCUACUAACGAAGAAAUCGGUCGAUGGGGUGAACAGUAUGUUUUUGAGUUUCUUCGGGAGCAAGCGCGAUGUGAGCCCUCUGCUUCAGUGGAAAUUGUCUGGAUUAACGAAAAAGGAAACACAACUGCGCCUUACGACAUCGAGAUUCGACGAAAUGGUGUUAGAGGAGGCGACGAUCGCCACCCAGUACUAACAUAUGUUGAAGUGAAGACAACUUCCUUUGACAAAAAAGAUAUCUUUGAACUGUCGGUUCAGGAACUUCAAUUUGCGCUUGCUCACCAGGACGCUUUUCAUCUUUAUCGUGUUUUUAACGCAGGCAAACCUGAUAGCGUGCGAAUUCGUCGUCUUCAAAAUCUUGCAGAGCACAUAGAAAGGAAGGCCGUAAGACUUUGCCUUGUUAUCUGAGGAUUUUAAAUGUUGGUUGAUGGCGUUUAUGGUAACACUUAAGCAAGUUAUAACUUUAAGUUCAGUUGACUUUGUUAAUGCAUUGAACUAAUUUGAAAAGUUUUUUGGAUCGACAUUAAAAAAAAUCAGAUGCUUGUAAAUUAGCGUUGAAAGAACAAUGAUAAAUUCUCUUCGACGUA